CUCAAUAAGAAUAUUCUGCGCCGAGUCCGUCCAGAGCUGAGAGAGCUUUACAACAUUUUAGAAGUCCAAUUUCAUCCUUUGUCAAUUUGUAAAAAGAUUGAACCUAUAAUGAACCAUCUCUCACAGGAUACUGAAAUGGCGAAAUAUGUUAAACCCUUGCACCAAGUUAUAUUGACACGACUCUUUCAACAGUUAUCGCAAGUUUAUGACAGCGUUAAACUUGACUUUGUCAUCAAUCUUGCGUCAUUUGCACCGCCAUAUAAUUAUGAUGCUGCAACAAUAGAAAAAUUUAUUAUGAACGGGUGUAAAAAGGGAGAAUUAUCAAUUCGUAUUGAUCAUGCAACUAGUAGUUUAACAUUUGAGACCGACUUAUUUGCAGCUUCUAAAAAUGCUGAUGCUGAUGGUGCCAAAUUGCAAGCUUCACCAGCAGACAGGAUGCGUGAUCAACUUUCACGACUUGCCAAAUGUUUUUAUACGACCGUCCAUAUGAUAGAUCCUACUAUUAUUGAAGCAAAACAAAACGCUAGAGCGCAGGCUCUUUCACGUGCUUUGGCUGGGAUGGAAGAAGAACAUAAUAAUGCACUUGCGCGAAAGGCUAUUAUUGAGCGACGGAGAGAAUUAGUGGAAACAUUGUUAAUGCGCAAAGAGAAGGAAGAACAGCGUGAGCGAGCUAUUCGCCAAAAACAGAGAGAUGAAGAACUAAAACAACGUCAAAUGGAAGAGGCGAAGAAGCGUGAGCAAGAGAGGAAGAAACGUGAGCGUGAGGCCAUUCAAAAAGAGGAAGCUCGUAAAUUGGCAGAAACUUUUAAACUUCAAAAUUUAAAACUUGAACCAGAUGAGUUGGAUAAAUUGGACCCAGAUAAGAUUGUUAGACUUCAAGUUGAACGGCUUGAAAAAGAAAAACGCGAACUUAAUGAACGUCUCAGAGCUACAGCUAAGCGCAUGGAUCACCUUGAACGUGCUUAUCGUAAAGAGGAAAUCCCUCUUUUAGAAAAAGAUUACGACCGACAAAGAAAAACCGAUAGAGCAUAUCAUGAAGCUGCUCGUAAAUUACAACUUGAAACAGCUUUUGCUAAGCAUACAGAAGAUCUUAAAUUAAAAGAGAGGCUAAUGAGAAUCUUACCAGAUUAUCAAAAAUAUCGAUCAGAAAUUGAAAAUAGGCGCUACGAAGAAUUCGAACGACGUCGUAAAGCUGCUCAAGCUAAAAUUGAAGAAGAAAAGGAAAAAAGACGGCAAAUGCUCGCGCGUCUUGAAGAAGAACGCCGUGUCAAGAAAGAAAGAGAAGAUGCAGAGUAUCUAGAAAAGAAACGGAAGCUUGAUGAACAAGCCAGACGACAACAAGAGGUUGAACGUCAAGCAGAAGAAAGGCGAAAACGUAUGCAAGAGGAGAAAGAGCGUGAGCGUGCUGAAAAAGAAGAACAAGAUCGACGUCGGAAGUUGGAAGAAAGAAGUUCUGGCUAUGUUCCUCCAGCUCGUCGUUCGGAAAGUUGGCGUCGCACAACUGAUGCUAAAGAUGAAACUAGUGCAUGGCGCCGAUCAAGUGAAACACCUAGUAAAGAUGAACAACCAUGGCGCAGAACCGGGUCGGGUCGUUCAACUGCUCCAGAGGAACAACGGCGUUCGGUUCAGCUAACUGAAGAAACUUCGUGGCGUAGAUCAGAUUCAAGUCGCAGUAACACUGCAGACGAAACUGAUAAACGUCGGUCUGAUGUUCCUCGCCGUGCAGAAGAAAUGGAAUGGCGGCGAUCUGAUUCAGGACGUGGAACCUCGACUACCGAAGAUAAAUCUUGGCGUCGUACUUCAGUUGCUACUACAACACGUGAGGAAUCAGGUAGUUGGCGACGAGGUGGUCCACCAACUAAUGAUCGUGGAGAUAGUAAACUAAGAUCGCGCGAAGAUUCAUGGAGAUCAAAAGAAGGAGAGGAUUCUGAGCAAUCUUCAACGUCUUCACGAGGUCCUACUCGUAUAUUGAAACCGGAAUUUUCGGCUGAACCUGAAGCUGAUGAGGAUGGGUUUAUAACAGUUAGCAAGGGUAAGAGACGUGGAUAA